AUGGCAUUCAUUGAGCCCAUCGCCAUAGUGGGCACGGCUUGUCGCUUCCCUGGCUCGGCAUCGUCUCCGUCUCAACUUUGGGAGCUUCUUCGGGAACCGCAAGAUGUUGCAUCAAAAGUACCGGCGGACCGCUUUAAUUCCGAUGCAUUCUAUCAUGCUGGAGAGAUGCGGCGGGGAGCUACCAAUGCACCGGAAUCAUAUUUCCUCAAGGAAGAUAUCCGGGCAUUUGACGCUGCAUUUUUCAACAUCUCGCCGAUGGAGGCGGCGUCAAUGGACCCCCAGUUACGUCUCCUCCUAGAGGUAGUAUAUGAGUCCCUUGAAAGGGCUGGAUUGCCCUUGCACCAACUUCAGGGCUCAUCCUCGGGGUUUUACUGCGGGUCCAUGAACAAUGACUAUGCGGAGCUGCUUUAUUCCGACCCAGAGGUUUUUCCUACAUUUGGUGUGACUGGUACCUCACGAUCAAUGCUAGCUACCCGUGUUUCCUACUUCUUUGAUUGGCAAGGGCCUUCAAUAGUUGUCGACACGGCGUGUUCCUCAAGCUUGACUGCUGUGCAUCUGGCCGUGGAAGCCCUGAGAAAUGAAGAAUGCCCGGUGGCCGUCGCCACCGGCAGCUGUCUUAUUUUAUCACCGGACACGUAUGUUCGCGCAUCUCAGCUACAUAUGUUAUCGAGCACAGGCCGCAGCCACACAUGGGACGAGGCGGCCGAUGGAUACGCCCGCGGAGAGGGUGUCGCUUCUAUAGUUUUGAAACGCCUCAGCGAUGCUCUGCGUGACGGUGAUGAAAUUCAUGGUGUAAUUCGGGCCACGGCGAUUAAUUGCGAUGGUACCAGUCAAACCAUAACAAUGCCCAACCCGGAGGCCCAGACCAAGUUGAUUCGAGCAACCUACGCACGCGCUGGCCUGGACCCACUGCGCCAGGAAGACCGUUGUCAGUAUUUCGAAGCCCAUGGGACUGGGACUGUGGCAGGAGAUCGAAAUGAAGCGGCGGGAAUAUACAAUGCCUUUUUCAAAGAAGACGCGCUAUCGCAAGACAUCAUCCAUGUCGGCUCCGUCAAAACUGUCAUCGGACACAGCGAGUCCACUGCUGGUCUCUCGGGCCUCAUGAAAGCUUUGCUAGCUGUUCAACACGGGCUUAUCCCCCCGAAUCUGUCGUUUAACAAAGUCAGCGACCAAAUUGCUCCCUAUACCUCCCAUCUCCGGGUACCGACCGAGCUGAUUCCCUGGCCCAAUCUUUUAGACGGAACCCCUCGGCGUGCGUCAGUCAGUUCCUUUGGAUUCGGGGGUGCUAACACCCACGUUAUUCUGGAGAGCUAUAGCGCAUCUCCGGAGAGUCUACCUACUGUCAGUGAGACCCCGAAGGAGGGAAUCCUGCCAUUUGUGUUCUCCGCCGCAUCGCAAAAAUCACUCAAGGCGGUACUGCGUCAAUACAUGGAUGUGCUGGAGGUACAUCCGACCAUCGACUUACUGGAUUUAGCCUCAUCCCUUCUUACACGAAAAUCAACAUUGAGCCAUAGGGUCGUCCUCACGGCAAACUCCGUUCACUCUCUGAAGGAGAAGCUGGGCGAAGAGCUAGACCAACUUUCUGCAGCCAACGCAUCGUCUAUCAUCACGAAUCGCCUGAAUAAGAAGCCGAAGAGAAUUCUAGGCAUCUUUACGGGUCAGGGGGCGCAAUGGGCUCAGAUGGGCCUUGACCUCAUCUCCCAAUGCCCCAAAGCAAAAACUUGGCUUCAAGAGAUGCAGGACUCCCUGGACACUCUCCCAGACUCAUAUCGGCCCACUUUUACCCUCAUGGAUGAGCUAGCUGCUCCCGAAUCUACCUCUAGGGUUGGAUCGGCUGAGGUUUCCCUGCCCCUCCGAACCGCCCUGCAGAUCAUUCAGGUCAACAUGUUGCAGUCUCUUGGAGUGAAAUUUGCGGCGGUGGUUGGUCACUCAUCUGGCGAGAUCGCAUCCGCCUACGCGGCUGGAUGGCUGUCGGCAUCGGACGCUAUCAGGAUUGCCUAUUUACGUGGUGUUUCCGCAAAGCACGCAGGCUCAGGGGUGCAAAGAGGAAGCAUGUUAGCGGUUAGCAUCUCUUGGGAGGAAGCGCAGGCAAUUUGCAGCGAGGCUCCCUACCAAGGGAGCGUCGUUGUCGCCGCCUCAAAUUCCCCUUCCAGUGUGACCUUCUCUGGAGACAGUGAGAUGAUCACCGAGCUCGCGUGGCUCUUUGAGAGCCUUGAUCAAGCCCCGCGCCAGUUGCGUGUCGACACGGCCUAUCACUCUCAUCAUAUGGUUCCCUGUAUUGAACCCUAUCUACAGGCCAUGACAUCCUGUCAGACUGGUGUUCUCGAGGGCUCGCCAACAGCGAAAUGGUACUCUAGUGUUCAUAACGGGCAGUUAAUGACAGAGCUUGACAACGAGUACUGGUGCAAAAAUAUGCUGCAAUCUGUCCGUUUCUCGGAGGCAUUAGCGGCAACUUUGGAAAACGAACCCCAAUUCGACGCCCUCGUUGAAAUCGGGCCGCAUCCUGCUCUCCGUGGCCCGUGCUUGCAGACCAUAUCGGAAAUGAAGCCCGAAGAUGCCGAAAUGCCCUACAUCCCAGUAUCCCAGCGUGAGCUUGGCGGUGUUGAGUCACUUUCUCUGGCCGUGGGCUUAUUUUGGGCGCAUCUGGGGGCUACAUCAGUGAAUAUCCCAUCCUUUGUAGAUCUCUUCGCACCCUCUCGACUGCUGAAGUACCUCUCCUGGCUUCCGACGUAUCCCUUUGACCACAGUCAAACCUUUUGGGCUGUGCCGCGUCUAGCAGAGGCCCGAGUCUCUCGCUGCCUACCCAAACACCCGCUUCUUGGUGCGACCAGCCCAGAUGCAGGCGAGGGAGAGUGGCGAUGGCGAAAUUUCCUGUGGGUGGAUGAGCUCCCCUGGCUGGAAUGUCACCAGGCAAACUCGCAGAUCAUUCUACCUGCCACAGCGUACUUAGUCAUGGCUCUUGAGGCUGCCCAUCUCAUCGCAGAUGGUCAGGCGCUGCAGUUGGUGGAGGUCACUGACCUGGCUAUUGAUCGGGCGAUAUCUUUCCUCGACGACUCAGCCGGUAUUGAAAUUAUGUUUAAUGUCUACCAAACUGACGGCAGUGAUGGACGCAAUGCUAUCCUUUCCUUUUCUUGUCAGGCCAAUUUCAACGGAACAUUGCGGCGCUGCGCAUCUGGUCACAUCGGGAUGACAUUGGGCGAAUACGACGUGUCGCUACUACCGUGCAAGGGUCCCAUCGCUCCUGGACUGCGGGCUGUGGAUUCAGAUCAGUUAUAUAAACAGCUGGAUAUGCUUGGCCUGGGUUACUCUGGUCCUUUCCGGGGACUCAAAAAACUCCAGCGUCGCAAGAACAUAGCCUAUGGAAGUAUUUCCGCCCACGAUUCAGACAAUGACCCAUCUCUACUAGUCCAUCCAGCGAUGCUGGACGCUAGUCUACAGGCUUUGUUUGUGGCCAUCGGCUCCCCUGGCGACGGUCAAGUGUCUAGCCUAUAUCUUCCAACCCGAUUAGACCGUGUGACAAUCAAUCCAGCCUUUUGCCGGAUUAGUGCCCUGCACGAUUCCAACGCCCACCUAACGGUUGAAGCCAAAGUGAUCGAAAUUGCAAAGACUGGAAUUACUGGUGAUAUCAAACUGUACGAUGGCAAGGGUCGCGGAUUCGUCCAGGUUGAGGGAAUGCAUCUGUCUCAGCUCACGCAGCUCCCUGAUGACGACCGUCCGAUGUUUGUCAAGCAGGUUUGGGGCCCAUGGGCGCCAAAUCCUGCAUCGACCAGUCUCUCGGACACUCGCCCUCGCCACCUAACAGAUACUCUCGCUUUACUCCACCUACGGGACACACAGAAUCUCUUGACUAGCAAUGACCGCGAACACUUGGACUGGCACAAGAGCCGGUACGUGGCGUGGAUGGAUCGAGUUCUGGCCGCCGUUCGCCAGGGCAGUCAUCAAAUUUACUCACCUGACUAUUUGGAAGGCAAAAUUGCCUCUCUCCGACCUCUGGCGGCCAAAGAGGUUCAUCCAGUCGCCUUACGCGCUCUGGAAACGACCGCUGAAGCCCUGCUUGGGUGGCUACGAGGUGAGCGCUCCCUGGUAGAAGAGCUGGGCCGUGAGAACCUCUUGUCUCGUAUGCGUCAGGAGACCCAAGACUGGAGCACAAUGACGCAGCACUUGGCAUGUUUCGUGGAGCAAUUGGCCUUCCGAUACCCACGAAUGAAAAUCCUCGAAAUCGGUGGUGGCAGAUUCUCGGUGGCACAGGCGGUCUUAGACCAUCUCGGUCGAAGCUAUCAUUCCUACACGUACACUGAUGGUUCGGAAAAUUCCUUUGACGAGGCACGUGAGAUCUUUGCCUCCCACAAUGAUCGUUUAGUCUAUCGCCAGCUGGAUCUAGAGCGGGAUCCGAUCGAACAAGGAUUUUCUGAACAUGGGUUCGACCUCGUGGUUGCAGGCAAUGUCCUAUGCGAAACUCGCUCGCUGAAGCAAACCAUGGCCUAUGUGAGACGCUUGCUGAAGCCCGGAGGUAGAGUUGCUAUUAUGGAGACUACAGAUUCCGAGCAUAUUACAUCGUCGUUUGUCUUCGGCGGAUCAGACAGGUGGUGGUUGGGCGAACUAGACGGCCGACCCUGGGGACCCCAUAUCUCCCGAGAUGGUUGGAACCAGGUGCUGCAAGCCUCAGGUUUCGGCGAUUUCGAGGCAAUAUCCCCAACGGAAGAAGAAUCAAAGCUUCUAGGUUGGUCUGUCUUUACUUCGCGGGCGAUCGACGACCGCGUCAAGAAGCUGAUUGAACCACUCUCGGUCCCUGCCAAUGGACAGCUGCGCGACCUCGUAUUGCUUGGAGGAGCGACACCUGCUUCUGCGAAGCUACUUUCAGCAGUCAAAAAUCUCGUGGGUCCAUUCUACAGUCGCAUCACGGCCGCCAAAAGAUUGGAGGACUACAUCCCUCCAUCCGGUGCCUCAUUGGCGGUAGUUCUAGUUGCAUCAGAUAUGGAUAGUCCCUUUGCGAAAUGUCUCACGGCAGAGCGCCUUCACAGUUUGCAAAGCGUCAUUGGUGUCACGGGACGACUCUUGUGGCUGGCUACUGAGCAGGCAGAUGAGAAUCCGUACCUCCGGAUGAGCAAGGGGAUUCUGCGCUCCCUGGCUUUCGAGAAUCCCCAUGCUGGACUACAGCACCUCAUGAUCAGAGACCCAGGGGAAGCGUCGCCAGAUCUUGUUGCAAGCAUACUCAUGCGGCUGGUUCACACCGAAGUGAGUGGUGAUUAUCGGCUAUCCAACUGCAUGGAAAGCGCCGAAUGGGAAUUAUUGCUAGAAAACGGGGCCUUGAAGGUUUCCCGCAUGCAUAGCGACACGGAUAUAAACCAGCGAUGGCUGGCGAGUCGUGGGACUCCCAGGACCCAGUCUGUUAAUCCUGAACAAAGCUGUGUGGAGAUUCACAGGAGCGAGAAGAGCCAGACGGGUAUCGAAGGACAAGGACACCGCGAAGAGACUGUUCGAAUUCGUGUACAAUAUGCGACUUUUCCCGCUGUUCGAAUCAACAGCGGCUUUCUUCAUGUAGUCCUUGGAACGAAUGAGCGGACAGGUGCCCUGGUUGUGGCGCUGUCGGCCUCUCACGCGACGGUUGUCUCAACACCAGCGGCUUGGUGUUUGAAUGUUCCCAGCUGGUCAUCAGACAGAAAUGAUGCUGUCUUCCUAGACCACGUAUGCGCAGCCCUCCUUGCCCAGGAACUGGUCCGCCAAGUGCCUGCCGGUUCUACAAUUCUUCUUCACAAACCCCCUAAGUCUCUACAAGAAGCUCUUUCUGCAUUUGGCUCCCGAACCAAUGUUCAGGUACGCUCCAUCACAACCGAUGGGAAACCCAGCAAAGAUCCAGCUAGCCUGGCUAUCCCACCCCGGAGCUCGUCACGCACGAUAUCCCGCCUACUACCAACCAACGUAUCACUCUUUGCCACAUUCGACCUUGAUGCAGACCAAAUUUUCUCCAAGUUCAGGUCUGUACUAACACCGUGGCCGACCUUUUGUGGUUUGAAGGACUUCUACAGUGAUUCGCUCCCUCCUCCGGGUGCCCAUCACUCCGUGGCAAAUUCUCUCAUCAAAGCCUGUUUGUUUUCCCAAAGGCGCAGAUCCUUCCGCUCCUCUGUGGAGACAAUUCCUCCACAGGAUAUCUCGAGCCCGUCUCUUAAUCACCAGCGACUGAGGAUUGUCGAUUGGAUGCAUUCAAGUUCCAUUGAGGCCGACCCCCUUCCAGCAAGCUCCCUCGUGAAAUUGUGCGCCCACAAGACCUAUCUCCUUGUGGGACUCACUGGUGACAUUGGUCAGUCGGUGUGUCAAUGGAUGAUUGCCCGGGGAGCUCACUCGGUGGUUCUCACAAGCCGAUCCCCGAAGGUCGACCCGGCGUGGCUUGAAGAGAUGUCAGGGCUUGGUGCUUCUGUUAUUGUCAUGUCCAUGGAUGUGGCGGAUCGUGCCUCGGUGCUUCAUGUCCACAAGCGCAUAAACUCAGAGCUACCACCUGUUGGAGGAGUCCUCAAUGGAGCCAUGGUCCUACGCGACGGCCCAUUCGCUGACUCGUCGGUUGAAGACUUCCACCAAGUCUUUGCCCCCAAAGUUGAAGGUAGUCUGCUUCUAGACCAGCUGUACCGCGACAAUCACCUUGAUUUCUUCCUUCUCAUGGGCUCUCUUUCGGGUCCACUAGGUAACUUCCAUCAGUCGACCUACGCUGCUGCCACAGAGUUCAUGGCUGGCCUCGUGCAUCAGCGACGCCAGCGCGGCCAGGUUGGUAGCAUCAUUCAUCCGGCCCAGAUUCGAGGCGUCGGGUACCUUGCCAACAUAGACCCGCAGCUGGGGGAGUUCCUCACGAAUCGCAUGGGUCCACUUAUUUUAUCUGAGCGUGAUCUCCAUGAGUUGGUUGCAGAAGGCAUUCUUGCCGGCCGGCCAGACUCGGGACAAUCAGCAGAGAUAGUUGGUGGAUAUCAAAUGACGGAUCCAGCUCAGUUCCCAGAUGUCCUAUGGUACCGCAAUCCGAAGCAGUGGCCUUUUAUCGAGUAUUUCCAGCAGUCAGGGCCUGCGGAAUCAAACAGCAAGGACUUCCCCAUCAAGGCGCAACUGCUUGCUGCUGAGAGUCUGGCGGCCGCUACGGAGAUCAUUGCCCAAGGUUUCAGCGAAAAGUUGCGAAAGAAGAUGCGGCUCCCGGAUGACACCGCGCUUCUUGGAACCAUGUUGUUGAUGACACUUGGGGUCGACUCGCUCGUUGCGGUGGAUUUGAGAAUCUGGUUCGUCAAGGAACUUGGCGUGGAUAUUCCGGUUCUGCAGCUACUUGGAGGCUCAUCUAUCAAUGACCUUGCCUCCAGCGCUGCUGAGAAACUGGAUUCUAGCAUUAUACCUUUAGUUGAAGGUUGA